AUGCUCGUUCCCGUCGUCAACGAGAAGCUGAAGCUCGUCGGCGCGACUCGACGCGUGCACGGUGCCAACCUAGGGCUGUACCUGGCCGAUGCCCCGUUCCGCAAGAAGAAGCCAAUCUAUACCAAGGACGAGGAAGCGCUGACCAUGGAAGCUACGGACAACGAGGUGCCGGGCCCGAAAGCCGAAUCGACGGUCACAAAAGUCAACGCGACGACCACGGAAGCCGACGCGACGGACGACGACUCGCGCCCGACUUGCGCUCCUGACAUCGACAGCAAGGUCGACUUCCUCGUGGGCCACGCGAUGCGCGCCAAUGUGACGCACACGGCGCAGUACAAGGCACUCUUGACUGGCAUCAAGGCUCUUGAGGUCACGGUGUCCCUGCGCGACAAGGCGCAUGAAGCCGACCUCAAGGCGCGUUUCUUGGAAGGUCAGCGACACGGCAUGAAGGAGCGCGAGACAUUGCUCGAGGCCGCUCAAGACCGCGAAACGCUGCUGCUGGCCACGCAAGAGCGCAACGCACAACUCAAGCGCGAGAAUGAAGAGCUCAAGAUACGCACCGCUCAAACCGAGAAGAUGUUCCUCGAAGGCUUGCAGAAGACCCGCGACGACAUGCGCGCCACGAUCGCCAGCUUCGCGAACGCUGGUCGCAGCAUCUGCGACGUUGCGGCUACGUCGCGAGCGCAGGUGCCACCGGUCAACAUCCAGGCGCCGCUUUGUUUUGUCGCCAACGCCGAGCGGUUUCUGUCACGCGAGACUCUCGUGCCACCGAAACCGCCGUUCAAGCGCCCGGCAACGACGAACGAGAAGGGCAACAACGCCAUGGGCGGUGACAACGAAGACGACGUGAAGGCCGUGUGCGACAACAAGGUCUUCAUCGCCUAG